AUAUGCUUCAUUCAUUUAUUUAGGAAAUUCAAAGUUUUCCGAGUGAUACCUCAAAAUAUAAAACAGCUCGAAAGCAUGAGAAGAUUAUACUACGAUCCCCUAAAUUUUUGGCGAUCACCAACAGAUAUUGGGCAAUUUGUAGAUAUAAUGUCUGAUCCAUCAGCAAUUGAUCCACUGAUUGGUUAUUUUAAAGAUAACAAUAUCACUUUUGAGAUUGCUAUUGAUGACGUGCAAAAAUUGCUGAUUGAACGAGAAGGUCAAGCAUUUUCAAAAUCUGAUUCAAUUUUGAAUUCAUUUUCGAAACGUUUGCAAGAUAUAACAUGGAGUCGUAACAAAGCUAAAUACAAAUUUGGUGAUUAUCAUUCGUACAAAAAAAUUUUGACUUGGCUUGCUGAUAUUGAAUACUUUUAUCCACAUAUAUCUAAAGUAUUCACUAUUGGAAGAACACAUGAAGGACGAAACAUCAAAGGCAUCAAGAUUGGAAAUCCGAUCAGCAAAAUAGAUAAACGAAUAAUUUGGAUUGAUGGUGGCAUGCAUGCUCGGGAAUGGGCUGCCAUUCAUACUGCACUGUACUUCAUUGAUCAGCUGAUAUCACAGUAUGGUGUCGAUCCAGAAAUCACAGCAUAUAUUGAUACAUUGAAUUUCUACAUUGUUCCAGUUGCAAAUCCAGAUGGAUAUGAAUAUUCACGUUCUGAUCAAAUGCCACAAACAAGAUUCUGGAGGAAAAAUCGAGGUAAGCAAUUAUGUUUUAAAGAUCAUUGGCAUCGUGAACGCUGCUGCGGUGGUGUAGAUUUGAAUCGUAAUUUUGACUUUCACUGGGGAGAAAGUGGCUCCAGCUCUGAUAUUUGCUCUGAAAUUUACCAAGGCGACAAACCAUUUAGUGAGCCUGAAACGAGAGCUAUUCGAGACAAGUUGUUGUCAGCAGAAUUGAGGGGUAAAGUAGACGCGUUUAUCACUUUGCAUACUUACAGCCAAAUGUGGAUCCAUCCGUACAAUCAUCAGCGUCACUCAUUUCCUAACGAUGUCUACGACCUUGAAGAAGUCGGUAGACGAGCUGUAAAAGCGCUUGAGAACGUUUAUGGAACGAAAUUUCGCUUCGGCUCUGGAGCAGAUAUAUUAUAUCCAUCAGCAGGAGGUUCUGAUGAUUGGGCCAAAGCAAAAGCUGGUGUUAAAUUUGUCUAUUUACUCGAAUUAAGACCAGGCGAAGGCGAAUGGGAUGGUUUUUUGUUGGAUCGUCGACAACUUAUACCAACAGGCCGAGAAACAUGGACUGGUGUGCGUGUCGUUAUUGAUGCAAUUAUGAAAACGCAAAGUGCUAAUAAUCUUAGUGCUUCAGGUGAAUGCUUUGAUAUUUCUAAAUGGUGCAAAAAUUGGAUUAGGAUCAGUCCAGAUGUUUGCAUCAAAUCAGCUGCUUAUAUGCGACGCCAGUGUACCUCAUCCUGUCGUCUUUGCCACACAACUUAA